AUGAACCCCCUUCGUCUCAUAGCCACAGCUCUAUGCUGUGUUGCAAUUGUGUUUGGAGGAUUAACUUUCUCCUCAGAUGCACAACUUGACCCAAAUUUUUACGGUAAAACUUGCCCCCAGUUGCAGUCUAUAGUAUAUCAAAUCUUAUCCAAUGUUGCUACAAAGGAUCCACGAAUGCCAGCUAGUCUCAUCAGGCUCCACUUUCAUGAUUGCUUUGUUCAAGGUUGUGAUGCAUCAGUUUUGUUGAACAAAACUUCUACUAUUGUGACUGAACAAGAUGCUUUACCAAAUAUCAACUCCUUGAGAGGUUUAGAUGUUAUAAAUCAGAUCAAAACAGCCAUAGAAAAAGCUUGUCCCAACACUGUUUCUUGUGCUGAUAUUCUUACGCUUUCUGCUGGAAUAUCUUCCGUUUUGACCGGAGGGCCAGGUCCAUCUUUCACUUUAACUCAACUUAAAUCUGCUUUUGCUGAUCAAGGCCUCACCACACUUGACCUAGUAUCGCUCUCUGGUGCUCACACAUUUGGAAGAUCACGUUGCUUUUUAUUCUCUGACCGAUUGUACAACUUCAGCAAUACUGGUAAACCUGAUCCAACUCUUGAUGCAACAUACUUAAAAGUAUUACAAAAACAGUGUCCUCAGAACGGGCCUGGAGAUACCCGUGUCAAUUUUGAUCCAACCACUCCUGAUAUAUUGGACAAAAACUACUACAACAAUCUUCAAGUUAAAAAGGGUUUGCUUCAAAGUGAUCAAGAAUUGUUCUCAACACCAGGUGCAGAUACUAUUGGCAUCGUCAACAAUUUUGCCAAUAACCAAAAUGCUUUCUUUCAGAAUUUUGCGAAUUCGAUGAUUAGAAUGGGAAAUAUUGGUGUGCUUACCGGAAAGAAAGGUGAAAUUAGAACACAAUGCAAUUUUGUUAACAAGAAGAAGAAAUCACCUGAGUUGGAUAUUACUGGUGUGACCUCUACAGAAUCAAUUGAGGGGGGUGUGGUUAGUUCAAUCUAA